AUGCCUGGAAGCGGUUGGAAUAUCAUUCUGCCGAUCUCCACGUUGAUGAUGAACGCAACGACGGGGAACAAGGUCCUUUACGACCACUUGAUCAGAGAAACGGUCAAUUAUGAUAUAACUAAUAUCAGUGCUAUGGUCUUUGUAUUUAUCUACCUGCAACACUGUGAAGAUUAUUCAAAUCUGCACGACCUAGAACUGUUCACUUUGAGCAGAUACUCGUUCACGUUGUUCAAAAGGUUCUCCUUCGUGCACCUACUCUGGAAGCUGAACCAUUUCGUCGUGAUCGCCUCCUCGCAGCCCCUACUCAGGCUGCUCCUGCAAGGUAUAAAGGACUCGACCUGGUCCAAUUUCAACGGCGUCCAUGUUCUGAUAGACAGGAAGACCGAGGAACGUGGAUGCGUGAACGCUUACAGAUACCUGCGGACUGCUUGGGAAUAUGAUCUUCUAUCCACGAUUUUCUUGUGCAUCGAUCCUGUCGAUGGAUUGGUGAUCUAUACCUAUAAUCCUUAUUCUAGAAAUGCUCCAACGGUUUGGGGAGACGUUGGGAAUUUCAAAGGACGAAGUGGACAUCCUUGGGUAUUGCUGAAGAGGAAACACCGAGAUGGUCCAAGGAUGUGUAAUGGCCUCUGGUUCGACAAAACGACCGACCUGAACGGAUACGAAGUCAGACUGAACGCGAUAGAAUUUAAUCCUCACGUCUGCAUAGAUCCCAAUAAAAGAGGCCUGGACAAAUUCACCGGUGACAAUAGCGAAAUCGUAAAAAUAGUGUUCCGCAAGCUGAACACGACCGUGAACGUGGACGUGCGUCAUGGCACCCCUGACGAUCUUGGUGGCAUCGAUUCGGACGGUAUCAUGGUGGGAAUGCUCGCUGAAAUUGGUUCUGGUAAUGUGGACAUGGGAAUGAACGUGAGGAGCUUGCACGCGAUGUGGAAAAUCGAGCACACCUAUCCCCAUGACCAAGAUGGUUUCUGCGUGAUCACUCAGCGAUCGGGCGAAGUUUCGAAGUUGAUGAAGAUCCUAUCGUUCAUGUCACCGGGAGUAAUUCUUGGGAACGUCGUCGUCCUUCUGAUCGCCCUGUUUGUGCUCACCAAAUACGGGGGUUGUCUGCCAGCUGGCUUAAAUAUAAUCCGUCUGGUUACCUGCGUGUCUAUACUUCGAAUCCCCCAGCACUCCCCCACCAGAAUCGUCUUGAGCAACGUGUUCCUGAUGGUACUGAUCAUAAACGCGUCGUUUCAAGGUCACUGGGCUUCGUUGCUUACCAUUCCAGUCUCUCGUCCUAACAUCAGGACCGUGGAGGACCUCAAGAACUCAAACUACACGAUAUACGGCUCGAGGUUCAUCACGGACUACAUAUACGAUCCAGUGUUGCGAUCCCGUUUCCACGAGGUCGCCUAUUACCACGAGUGCAAGCAACAGGUUCUCGCAACGCCGUACACCGCAUGCUUAGACGACUGUCUUCACCUGUACCUAGGCAGCAGGGAGAAGACUCUGCACCGUUCGAGGCGUAUACAGCAGACCAUACAGGUGUACGCGACCAGAGAAAACUGGCCAAUGUUCAAUCGUGUCACGGACGUGAUACGGACGGUCGUGGAAGCCGGUCUGGUCAAUAUGUGGAGGAAACUAAACUUAAGGAAAGUGUAUAUGGCGUGGAAGCGUCAACGGUUGAACGACAAGAGGAAAUUCAGGAUAUUAAGGAUAAGGCACAUAACCUUCAGUUUCUGCAUACUUGGGAUUGGUUAUUUUUUUGCUACCCUUGUGUUUGUCACGGAGAUUCUAAUCAAAUGGUAUUGGAAGAGUAGGGAAAAAUGGAGAAUUGUACAGCAUGAUACACGGUUGAAACGUUCUUAG